UGUGACCUGUGUUCAGUAAUAUCUGUGUCUAGUUCAGUACCAGACUUGUAGUUGCUCACCUGCUGAUAAGCACAGCCUCUGUGGACACAUUAUGGGAAACUGCACUUCAAAUGCCAUGAGAAAGAAGAAAAGAAAAGGUGACUCUGCAUCAAGGGAUAAAACCAGCAAAGAUAAUGAGCCUGCUGAGGAUGUCAUGUACGCCUCCAUUGACCACAGAACUAUCCAAGAUUCAAAAACGACCAAAACUGUGUCUUAUGAUGAUUCUGACUAUGCCAUAGUCAAUGUUCCAGCAAAACUUCAACCUGAGCCUGAAUCUGAGUGCUCAUCUAAAGAUGAAUGUACAGAUGAUUAUGUACUUAUGGGGUAAAUACAGAGGUCAUUUGGACAAGAUGUGGGGUUUCCAGUUGAUCUGCUCAAGUUUGAUUCUCAAAAACAAAACUGACAAAAAAAACAACAAGUAAAUUGCAGCUGACUGAGAAAGAAAUGUUUUCCUCCACUUCUAAGGGACAUACACACAAGUGAUGUUUCUCUCUCAGCCUACAUCACGUUUCAGCCUCUUUACAGUCAACGCUCAGCCCCAAUAACAGUAUAACAGUAUAACAAUAACAGUGGCAUCUCCACACCUGAUCUCCAGAUCUGGACGUUGGUGUCCCACUAUACUGGAAGUUACACUAACGUAUAAAAAUCUAUCUAUCUAUCUAUCUAGCUAUCUAUCCGUCUAUCUAUCUAUCUAUCUAUCAUGAUUUUGCGGAUACAGGCUUGAUCUUUACCCUCUUUUUUUCUCCUCUUUGGUGCUUUCCAACUGUUUGCAUCCAUAGUGCUGCAUUAAUGCCUGUUUCUAGAUUUAAUCAUUUGUCCGAAUCUGUGUCUGUCCCUCCCUCUGAGCUUCAGCUAUGAUAUAUUUUUGUUGAAACAGAAUCAAGGCUUUGACCAGUAUCAGUUUGGCCCAAGUUAAGUUACAUCACAAAAUCCUAGCUCUAACUGUUCAAUCAAAUUGAGUGUGCAGUGCAGUGGCCUCAUUAUCAAAUGCAUCAUGAAUAAAGACAGCACAUACUUCCUCCUCGUUUUGCUACAUAAUGAUAAUAAUAAUUAAGGCUUGAGGAUUUAUGCUAGCGAGUGCCCUCCUGUACUCAGUGGUGUGCUGGGGGGGCAGCCUAAAGAAGAAGGACACUUCAUGCCUGGACAAACUAAUAAGGAAGGCAGGCUCUGUUGCAGGCACAGAACUGGACAGCCUGACAUCCAUAGCUGAGCGACGCACACUCAACAGGCUCCUGUCCAUCAUAGACAUUCCACACCAUCCACUACACAGCACCAUACACAGACAGAGGAGCAGCUUCAGUGACAGACAGACUGAGGAGAUCAUCCCUCCCCCAUGCCAUUAGACUCUUCAACCUGCAUCAUACAUGACACAUACACACACGCACACAUGUGCACGUGCAUGCACACACUCACCUUUGCACCGCGAUGACGGAACUUUCUGAUUUAUAAUUCAUUUCUUUUUCAACGUCUUUUUAUAUUUUCUAUAUUUCAUAUUAGUUUAUAUUUAGACUGUACUUUGCAUGCCUCUCAUGUUUCUAUUUUGUAACAUAUUCUUUGAGCUGCUGAACUGUGAAUUUCUCUGUGAGAUGAAUAAAGUAUCUAUCUAGCUACAGUGAGUGUACUCUCUGUGGACUGUGCUCUAUUUGUCACCAGCAGGUGGCAGAAGAGUUCCUGGUUUCUUUUUAGGUUUUA